CAAGUAAAACCCUUCAUGACCCUUGACCACCAGAUUUUAAACCAGACUGUUACCCUAUCACAUCCUCUAACAUCAAGCAGUCCACUUCUAGUGCAGGACAGACAUCCAUCUCUCAAGGGUAAUGCUGGCUUCACAACAGAUUCUCUCUCCAAGUUCCUAACUCCUGGGAAAGAAGAUGACAGUACAGAAUGGCAUAUGGAGGACAUUGUUGAUGAUAUAAUCAAUGUGGAAUCAAAUUUAAACAGAAGGAAACAUAAUAUGCCCUUGCUUUACACACAGACAUUAUCUGGAAGCAUUCUAGAUGUAUAUAGCAGCGAAAAAAGGAUUUCACCAGUUAAUAUGGGACUGACAAGUGCUUCCUGUCCAAGUAGUCUGCCAAUGAAAAGAGAAACUACAGAAUCCGAUAGUCGAGCUCUUGCAAAAGAGAGACAAAAAAAAGACAAUCAUAAUCUCAUUGAAAGAAGAAGAAGGUAUAAUAUUAAUUACCGAAUCAAGGAACUUGGCACUCUUAUUCCAAAAUCUAAUGAUCCUGAUAUGCGCUGGAACAAAGGAACCAUUCUAAAAGCAUCAGUGGAGUACAUCAAGUGGCUACAAAAAGAACAACAGAGAGCCCGGGAAUUAGAACAUAGACAGAAGAAAUUAGAGCAGGCAAACAGGAGGCUUCUACUUCGAAUUCAGGAACUAGAAAUUCAGGCUCGUGCUCAUGGUCUGCCAACCCUGGCUUCACUUGGCACAGCUGAUUUUGGUGAUUGCGUCACCACACAACAGACUCAUCUUGAGCAGAAUUCAGUAGAGUGUUGCCAACAAUUGACUCUCUCUCAAGGGACAAGCCCUGAGCUCUGUGAUCAAGCUAUGUCCUUCUCUGAUCCUUUGUCACACUUCACAGAUUUAUCAUUUAGUGCAGCUUUGAAAGAUGAACAGAGAUUGGAUGACAUGCUACUGGACGACACAAUAUCUCCUUAUGGAACAGACCCGUUGCUAUCUGCCUCUUCCCCUGCAGUUUCCAAAGAGAGCAGUAGGAGAAGUAGUUUUAGCUCAGAUGAUGCUGAUGAGCUAUAA